AUGGCCAGACUCGAGCUUCCUGCGGUGAGGGCUGCAAGUGACCGUGGAGCGGAGAGGGUGAUUGCUGGAAGUCUAGUUCGAGUCGAGGGAUUAUCCGAGGCAGCGCGCAACCGUCACGGCGAGAGGAUGCCAGCAAUUCGGAACGACGGCCCUGGACGACCCGCGAAACAAUGGAAUAAUUGGCGGCGGCGAAGGAUGUCGUGGAGGAGGGUGAUUGUGAUCGCAGAUGCCGGCGUUGGUGAUGAUGAUGGAGUCGUAGGUUACGGGAACUGUGAUUGUCGAGAUACGGUCGUGCCGAGUGGCAAGAGAAGAUAUGCGGAUCCGUUCGUUUGUUCACUUCAGUGUGUUCGAGACUCACGCCGACAUGAAAUUCAAAAUCAAAUCCAAGUCACUGAAGCGUACGGCGCAGGUGCAGCCACUCCCAGAGUCCCGGCAAGGUUGGAGGAUGGGAUGAGACGAGACGAGCCUGCUACAGUACAGUACACGCGCAUUGCCUGGCAGAGAGGCUCAGGCUCAGGUACAAGAAAGCCUGCUACUGUACUUGAUGCUGAGACCCUUGACAAACGAACUGGCUCCCUGUCGCCGUCGCUGCUGUCCGUGGUUGGUGUGGGCUUCAUCCGCUUUCAGCGCCCUUUUUCUGCACAGACUCGGUGGGUGUUCUCAAUGGCUCGAGGGCAGUUCUGA